AUGCUGGAGUUCGUGAACCGCGACAGCGGGCGAGGCAUCAACUUGUUGGUCGACACCCUGGCUGGCGGUCUCGCCGGAGCACUCGCUGACCUACUGAUGCACCCCGUGGACACCAUAAAAGCUCGCCUCCAAGUCCAGCAGUCUAGUCGAGUCAAGCGAUCCGGGGAGUCGCGCUGGUCGAGUCGCGAUGAGCUGGCUCACGGGCGACCCUAUCGCGGUAUGUUGGACUGUGCGGUUCGCAUCGUUAGGGAGCAGGGCGUGCGCGGCGGCCUGUAUGCAGGACUUUCAGCUGUACUACUCGGAAGCGUACCAUCCCAUGCGAUUACCUUCGCUUCGUACAAAUACCUUAAAUCCUGGACACCUGGCGGCGGCUACGGAGCAGACGGCAUCCCCAACUGGUGGAGCGACGUGGUAUCCGCGUCUGCAGCCGACUUGUUAGCCCUGUCAACGUACGUUCCUGCAGAGGUUGUGGCGAAACGUCUGCAAGUUGCUGGUAUGGGGCCUGCUCGGGACUACAGCUCGCCAUUUCACGCUCUGCGAGUGAUCGCUCGAACCGAAGGCAUUCGCAAGGGUCUGUAUGCUGGGGCAACUGCCACCAUGUUUCGUGAUGUGCCGUUUACGGCGCUCCAGUUUGCCAUUUUCGAGCAGAUGAAGUCGCUGUUGGGAGAUUUUGCCCAGACUUCGGGCGGCAUGUUGUUGUGCGGUUUGACGGCCGGCGCUGGUGCCGGGGCGGCAACAACCCCUCUGGAUGUCGUCAAGACUCGCUUACAAACGCAACACAUUGGUGCGGAUCGCGCUUACCGAGGCGUGCUCCAUUGUCUUCGCACGAUUCUCGCUGAGGAAGGGCCUGCAGCGCUCUUCAAAGGCGUAUUCCCGCGAAUUGUUUGGGUAGCGCCUGCGUCUGCAGUUACGCUAGCAGCCUAUGAGCAGUUGAUUCGCUGGAUCCAACCGAACCGUCAGACGCUCACGCCCGCGUCUGAAUAG